GCCACGACGACAUACGAUGUAGUAUGUAAAGGUGCCACCUUACCUAGCCAAGGCAGAUAGAUGACAGUGCUAAGGCUUGCUUCCAGGUGCGCUACGCUAACUCAUGCAGCCGCGCUAAGGUGCAUGAGGCAGGGCGCCGCCUUCGCAGCACUUUCCGUGGUCCACUCAGGAAGCAGCUUUCGACAACGCCCUUGCUCCCAGAGGCGGGCUUUUUUUUUUUCAAUUCCAUCAGCUCAUCCUGGAUUAGGUACUUUUGCUACCUUUGCUACCUUUGCUCAACUACCUACCUACCCAUGGCGCGUUCCCAUGCUAUGCCUGUCGUCUACGGAGUAGUCUGCUCGACUGUCGCCCUGGUCCGGCUGCCGCUACUGUAAUUGUCCAAGCCAAGGUAAGAGCGUCUCUUCCUAGUAGUGCCGUGUAGUGUAUCCUUUACUUGCCUGUGUGCCUCGUACCGCGGAUAGGAUGGUAGAGCGAGGUUGAGAGCCAGGUUGAGAGAGAGAGAGA